UGUUUUAACAACAACCCGGUUGCUAGGUGUUCUGCCUUGGCGUCCUGCUAUGUACCGUUGCUAAUUUAUGAGUGUUAUUGUUAUGUAUAUUUAAACUGUUAUGAGCAGUUUGUGGAUUAUGGAUUACACAUACACAUGUUCUCUUGAUGGGCGUUACGGGUUCGCAACAUACAAAACAUUAUAAAAAGAAAACAAUACCACGUCGUUUAGAUGAAUUCCAGAGAGCCAGUUCAGAUGGGCGAAACUUUGGCGAAUGAGGCAGACUUUCUGGGGAUGAUCAAGGAGUAUCUAAAGUAUGCAGAAUUCACCGAGACCACUCGCAGUUUUGAAAAGGAAUGCCAAAACAAGGGCAAGCUCGUCUCGAAACCUCAAGGACAGAACCGACAGAGAGAAUCAAAGAACGUCACCAUUCAGAGAGACUUGCUUGGCUGCUUCGACGACGGGGACCACAAGGUGUUCUUUGAGCUGUGGAAAGAACACGUACCCCCUGAGGUCAAGGAUACGGAACCCCUGGCUCUGCGUCUGGAGUUCUAUCUUCACAUUCACUUCACCAUCUACCCUCUGAAGAAUCACCCCGGCAGAGAUGACCUGGCUGAGUUUGAGGAGAGGAUCUUCCACCUGAAGCACUACCUGGAGACACGGGGGGCCGCACUGAGCCAGACCACCGAGUUCCUCCCGUACUACGCCCUGCCCUUCGUGCCAAACCCCAAAGUCCACCCCUCCUUCCGGGAACUCUUUCAGGAUUCCUGGAUACCAGAGUUGAAGGAAAAGUUGGAGAAGUUUCUUUCGGUGGCCUUGAAGGCAUCCAACCUCCCCAGGCUGCUCACCUUAUACAAGGAGGGAGGCCGGGGCACCAAAGAGGCCAUGCAGCAGAUGCAGCUCCAGCUGGCCGAGUCGGAGCGGAAGGCCAACAACGCCACGCGGUGGUUGGGCAAGAUGCACGGCGACUACCGCAACCUGAUCGGCAUCACGGCCGAGCUGGUGGACUCCCUGGAGGCCACGGCCAGUGGGAAGAUGAUCUCGGCAGAGUACAUCAAGAACAUAUGUGUGCGUCUCUUCAGCAGCCAAAUGAGUCAGAGUGUUGCACAGAGCGUCGACUUUACCAGGCCAGGCACAGGAUAUUACUCAAUGAGUCCCUAUGACGACGGCUAUGCCUCCUCGCUGCUACGGGCGUCCAUCGAACCGCAGAAGUCCCGGGAGGUGCCCCUGCUGCCCUCCCUGGACUACGACCGUCUGAAGAGGGACUUGCUGGGGGGCUCGGAGCGCCUCCGCUGCCUGCUGCUCCAGGCUCUGCGCUGGAGACUGACCCGCUCACUCCCCGGGGAGCAGAGAGACACAGUGCUGCAGGCCUACAUCAGCAACGACCUGCUGGAGCGCUUCAGCACGCAACAGAGGACCGUGCUUCACUUGAUGUGGUCGAAAAACGAAAUAGUUUGCCAAUACAUGGCGCGCCUCAUCAAUGCAUUCACCUCACUUCCAGACGGGCGCCUGUACCUCUCCCACGUUCCCUCUCUGCUGAGGCUGCUGAUGGAGGUACUGCGACGCGAGGAGAGGGAUUCCUUGAGCCGGGAGAACGUUCUGGUGGCUCUGCAGAAACUCAGCCUCAGGCGGAGCCAGCAGACGGCCAUGAUCGAGGACGACCUGAUUGGCUGGCUGGUGGACGAGCUCCAGGACGCGGACUGCCUGAGCGACUUCACGCUGCAGUACGCAACGGCCCUGCUGAUGAACCUGUGUCUCCGGACCAAAGGUGCUCACCCUGUCUCUCUCUCUCUGAGGUCUCUCUCUCGCUGGACUUUUACAGUUAAUUUCUGUCUUAAUCUCUCUCUCUCUCUCUCUCUCUCUCUCUCUCUCUCUCUCUCGCUCUCGCUCUCGCUCUGUCUCUCAGAGAUUCUAAUGCAAUUGGCUAGACCUAGUGAGUUAAGGUUAGCUAUUUAAUGCCCAUGUAGAAUGGUAGGGGUUCUGAUAUGUAAAUAAGUAUCUUGUUUAUUUGAGAAAUGAUAAUGCAACAAAAAAUGCUAAUUUUCAAAUAUAGCUUUAUCAUAUACUGUAUCUUUUU